AUGACGGUUUAUCAGGAUCUGAAAAGACUUCUCACACGAGUACUUCUUCUAAGUAACAGUUUGGAGUCUGUUGCGACCGCAGAGGAUCCAGCACUCGAAAGAGCUGUGGAACUACUCAUCAAUGGUCAGUAUAUGAAGUUAGUUAUCAUGGAAGUUAUGAGUCAAAAUGUCUUUCAACAUAUUGAGAUGGAGAAUCUUGUGAUAAAAUUCAUUAACACUUAUGGAACAGAUGUUGUGGGAUUUGCCAACGGUGCUGCCGAGAGAAUUGUGGCCAAUUUCUCCAGUGUAUCCGAAAGCAUUGAUGUCCAGAGAUCAUAUGCAUUAGUGGUUGCCAUUCUCUUUUUACAGCUGUUCGUGGAAGCCAACUUCACUGGACCAAAGUUGUCCUUUAAGUCGUCGACUGAAGAACUUGGAUUUAUCCGGGUAUUGUCUGCAAAGGCUGUUCAGGACGAAGGAUUUGCAAGUUCGUUACAGCAGAGUCUUUUAAAGGUGUUGUCAAUAGGUGGCCAGCAGCCAUAUUCUCUAACGGAAUCACCGUUGUUUUUGGUUCUUUCUUUAAGAAUACUGGAGAUCUUACAAGGCACUCAUAUCUCGCUGUUUGACGAGGAAGUGCAGACCAUGGAGUCAGAGAUUUUCGUAGAGCAGUCGGGAUUUCUUCCAGGAGGCUCUAUCAAUACCGAUAAUGAGGUGGUGAUGGCCUCAGUUUGUUGGUGGAGAGCAAGAGCUUUGCAAAUAUUACAAUCUCUUUAUCCAGAUUACUCUGGUACCUUAACGGUGCUUUGUAUGAAACUCCUAUCUCCGGAGGUUGUAUCCUCGUUUAUCGAUGAAUCUAGCCUGAAUUCUUCAGUUAAUCAAUCAAUUCUUUUGUGUUUCCACUUGGAAAGCGCCAAAUGCGCUUUGUUGGGGAACUCUGAAUCACGUAAUGUUGAUUUUUUGGCUAAGGCUGCUAAGGUGUCUGGGCUUGAGUUUAUUCUUACAGGCUGUAAAGCCAAAAGGACGAAAUAUCAAGAGAACUCGGUGGCUACUUUAACGGUUCUUGCGAAAUCUCAGGACAGUUUAUUGAAAGUCAGCCCCAAAGAGCUUGGUGAAUUAAAUCCCCUGGAUAUCAAGCUUAAUGAUGAUACAUUCUUGGAGCGACCAUUGUAUGAUGAUUUGGGUAAUGUUGUCGCAUUUCAAAGUGCAACUGAAGGGGAUGCGAAACGGAUCAAAUUUGAUUAUUCAUUAUCGGCAAGCUCUUCACCAACUGUAGAUGUCCCGGAACUUGAAUUGUCUAAGAGACUCAUUCCUACUGCUAUUCACAAGGAAGAUAUUCCUCAAUCGUUGUGUUCUCUUGAUCCAAAUAAUCAGCCCGCGUUAUCGAACUUAGAUAGCAUUCAGCUUCUCUUAAGAGUGGAAGCUGUUAAGCAAAAUUCUCCCCAAGGUAGUACACUUCUUAAUGAAGAGUUGAUCGCGUUAGUGCAAAGGGUUCUUUUUUCUCCUGAAGGUACCGUUAAUUGGCUUGUGUUUUCUAGAGCUUUGUGGUACAGAUCUCUCUUAGAGACAGAAAGAUCAAGGACUGUUGAAAGAGGAGUCUUGCAAUUAUCUUCUUUAGUAGAGGAGUUGGGUGUCACUUCUGACAAAACUGCACGUCUAUUCCCAAAGACCGACGAUGAGAUUCAAUUUCCUGGUGAGUUCACUGACAUGAAAAUUUUGGAUUCCAAGCAAUUGACUAACUCCGUCAGACUAAGAUAUAUCUACUUGCUUCCUCCAAUGCCCAAAUGGGCCAUGGAUUUGCAAUUGGCUGAAAAACUAAUACAUUUGGGAUUGCACAAGUCUGCCCUUGAAAUUUACGAUAGAUUACAAAAAUGGACUGAUGCUGCUGUUUGUUGUGCAAGCACUGGUGACUCCAGAGAGGCUGAGAAGUUUAUUGAGAAGACUCUUGAGCGCAACUCUCGUGAUGCCAGAGCUUGGUACGUCUUGGGAAACAUUCGCUCGGAUCCGGAACUGUGGGAGAAGUCCUGGCAGUAUGGAAGGUAUGCGAACGCUAAGAGGUCUCUUGCUAGAUAUUACUAUAAUCCUCCAAAGGCUUCUGGUAUAAAGAGGGACCUUCAGAAGGCUAUUGAUCAUAUGUAUGAUUGUCUCACUGCAGACCCUAUCAGUUUUGCUAACUGGUACUUUUAUGGUUGUCUGGGAUUGGAAGUUUCCAAUUAUGUCUUAGCUUCUGAGGCAUUCAGAAGGUGUCUUUCCAUUGAUACGGACAGUCCGUACGCUUGGUCCAAUUUGGCCUCGGCAUUAAUCAAGUUGCACCAAUUACCAGAAGCAUUUCAUGCUCUUGGUAAAGCCGUUAAUGUCGGUGACGUAUCUAAAGGAUCGUGGAAGGUUUGGGAAAACUACCUCAUUGUGGCUGUAAAGUUGGGCAAAUGGAAUGAAGUGUUGAAUGCUUCGAUAAUUUUGUUAGACGCUAAAAAGGAUUCGCAGGGAAAUGGUUCCUUGGACCUACCGAUUACAGAAAAGUUGAUUGGUAUUCUUGUAAAUCAACCUUACAGUAGUGAGAAGUUGUCGUUUUUCCAAAGAACAUGCAUAGAUUUUGUCUGCAAUAAGAUUCCCUCUGUCGUUGACGACAAUCCAAGAUGUUGGAGAGACAUUGCUAAGGUUGACAUGUGGAGAAAGAAGCCAUGGUUGGCUCUCGGUGAUUUCGAAAAGGCUUAUAGAGCUACGCUAAAUUCGCCUCAAUUGACUUUGGAUGAGGGUGCCUGGAACGAAGCCAUAGAAACCUGUUCAGAUUUGGUUUCAGCUUAUGAUAAUUUAGGGGGGCUUCCCGGUAGAUUGGGUGCAGGUGAUGUGGUUUGCAAGGAUCGGAAGUUCAAGGCCAGAUCUGCUAUUCGAUCGCUUAUCUCUAAAGGUAAAAAAAGCUGGGAGUUUACUGCUGGUUAUGAGAAGCUUCGGGAAAUGAAAGGAGAGUUGAUCUCAAGUUGA